AUGUCUUUGGAAUUAAUUGAUGACAAUUUGUGUCCAUUUAUCUCGAAACCAGGUCUUAAGCCUAAAGUCAGGGAUCACUACCACAGCCAUCGGUUAUCGUUUUGGCUGAACCUAAUUCCUCGACUGCAUAAUGCGGGCGAAGAGCAGGUCUACUUAAGGCACCAUUUAUUAACAGAUCACGAGAAUAUGGCCUCAUAUGAUGGUAUAGUGAGACAGAUAGCCUUCAAGUUCUUCGCGCCCAUACCCAACAAAUCGCUGGAUUUAAUACCCGUUAAUAACUCAAUAAUAAGCAAAAGUCGGAAACAAUACUUGACUCCGAAGACUGCGAGCAAUGAACUCGAUGUGAACGACGGCGCCAAUGAGUUCAGCCCUCCGAUGACCACCGAAUCGGUUAUGAAUUUCUAUAACAACCAGUCGAUGGGCUCUACAGAUGUCAUCUCAAUGAUUGAUAGCCAGGCUAAUUUAAAUAACAAAACCGCCGCCAAUGGCAUCACCAUUGGAGCCAAUUAUUCAACGGCUCUAUUGGUGACGAUUGCGAUCGGAUGCUCGCUAUUGAUACUAAAUAUGCUUAUAUUCGCCGGCGUUUACUAUCAAUUGGACAAAAACUCAGCGCUCAGACAUCAAAAGAAGAGUAAGAAUAGGAGUGCGAGUAGUGAUCAUCACUCGAGCUAUCAUUAUAACGAUACGCCCAAAAGCCAAGAAAUGGUAGUAUUGGCCACACCUGAGAAGAGACUAUUAACGCAAAAGUCUCCAAACCUGAGCCACAAUCACGUGGAGAUCGUGAACACAAACUUCUUAGACGUGGACCAAAUGGACACGAAGUGCAACACUAUUCGCUCAAACGAUACGGUAUACUACAAUCAAAAGACGUUUGGCUUCGAGCACUCACACCACUCACACUCAUCGCCAGUGCCUUCUUGUCUGUCAAACAGCGAUACGACAACCACUUCUAUAAUCCAUGUGCCUCUCAGUUACGACAAGUCCUCGGGUGACAACUUCGCACCCGAGAUUCGCUACAAUAGCUUCCUGUGGUUUGGAAAACUUAAGGUAAGAGUUCUUCAUAAGUCCCAACCCGUGUUCCGCGGAUAUACUCCCCUUAUGUUUGCUAAUGUAUUCGUAGAGGAAGGGCUCAAUUGA